CCUGAACUGUACACGUACAACCAAAGCGACAGCGUUGCCCAGCUCGGCUGUGUGCACUGAGCUGUGGCUGAGACCCGGGGUGUUCAACUGAACAGAUCCGCUGCUUCAACCCCCCGGUUGUGGGGAGGGCACAGAAGCAGCCUACCAUGUCUAUAAGACGGAUCUUGACACUGAGAAAAUGGAUUCCGUUGCAGACUUCAGCGGAAGGAGUUUGGUCGUGUCAACAUGUGGUGUGUCGUCUGCUGGCAGAUACUGAUUGCAGCCGUAUAUUGUCACGGAAUUUCACUGUAAGCUGUUUAAAAUAUGCUAAGGCUCGAGGAGUUCGGAAGAAGAAGCAGCUUUCUGAAAAGAAACGGACUCGGUACUUUGUGGAUCAGCAAAGGGUCACAGUGACAGGUGGGAAAGGUGGUGAUGGAACAUGCGCUUUCCACAGUGAACCCCGGAAAGAGUUUGGAGGACCUGAUGGUGGAAAUGGAGGGGAUGGAGGUCACGUUAUUUUAAAAGUGGCUCAACAAGUGAAAUCGCUGCUGGGCAUUAAAUCAUAUUAUCGUGGGAUUGAUGGAGAAGCUGGAGCAAGUAAGAAUUGUUAUGGAAAGAAUGCAGCCCACACUUACUUACUGGUGCCAAUUGGUACGGUGGUCAAGGAAGAUGGGAAGGUAGUCGCCGACCUGUCACGUCACGGUGAAGAGUACGUGGCAUCGUAUGGUGGUCUGGGUGGCAAGGGAAACCGCUUCUUUCUAUCUAAUGAGAACCGUGCACCAAUGUCGGCAACGCCGGGGGAAGAGGGUGAGCAGCGGGUCAUGCAGAUGGAACUCCGGACUAUGGCUCACGGCGGCUUGGUUGGCUUCCCCAAUGCGGGAAAAUCAUCUCUUCUGAGAGCAAUCUCGAAUGCCCGGCCAGCCGUUGCUGAUUAUCCAUUUACAACAUUAACUCCUCACGUUGGUGUCAUCCAAUAUCAAGACUUCGAGCAGAUCGCAGUUGCAGACAUUCCUGGAAUCAUUAGAGGUGCUCAUGAAAACAAAGGCCUGGGAAUUUCCUUUCUGAAACACAUUGAACGCUGCCGUUUUCUACUAUUUGUGCUCGAUCUGUCAACAGCGGAGCCCUGGCAACAGCUGGAAAGUUUAAAAUAUGAACUGGAGCAGUAUGAGAAAGGAUUGUCGGAGAGACCAUUUUGUGUCAUUGGGAGCAAGAUAGACAUUCCAGAGUCCAAAGCCAAUUUUGUAUUGCUUCAAGAAAAAGUAAAGCAUAGUAGACUAAUCCCUGUGUCUGCACUUACGGGCGAAAACAUUGAAGAGCUUUUAAUGCAUCUCAGGGAACUAUACGAUGGCUAUCUGGAGAUUACCAAGAUUGAUGGAAGCACACCAGUCAAAUGGUAAAUCACUGGUAUGGGAGUAAAUUAUUAAAUUUGCUUAAAAAUAUUGUGUGAUUCUUUUAUUUCCAAUUUGAAGCUCUGGUGAACCCUUUAAGAUCCUUUGAAUAAUGUUUCUCUACAGGAAUAGACUUUCUCCAAAGUUUUACAAUGAUGGAAACAGAUGGUAAAUUCAUUUACAUUUUACAAAAACUUUAAGUGUAUAAGCAAUUUGAGACUUGGGGUCAUUUGACAAAAUGUAGGGUGUAUGAGAGAAACUGGGGUCUUCGACUGCUUUCAAAGCUGUCUCUUUUUUGGGGAGGGUUGUGGGGUAGAGGGAUGUGGGCUGUUCAUCGCCGGUGGGUCUGUGAAGCUAACAACUAUUAUUGUUGAAUGAUGUGACCACCAAGAUAAUAAAAGGUGGUAUUGAC